GUUUGCCCGAACUCCUGCAGCAGGUGGGGAGUGACCCCCGGCCGAGAAUCGCAGCUCACCUGACAGCAUUGCAAACCAAAGGAGGGAACGUGAUUUGGCAGAAUGAGAGUGACUCCACAUUCACCGAGGGCCUGGAGUUCAGGGACAACCAUCUUAUCAUCAAGAGGCCUGGACAGUACUUUGUCUACACCCAGGCGGUCUUCCACAGCAUGGAGUGUCAGCCCCAGGCCGUCUAUCUAAGCCACGAACUCACCAAGCUGUCGCCAAAUUAUCCUGAGGAAGCCAUUCUACUGAAAGCCACCAAAUCCGCCUGCCACUCUCACCAACGCAAGGAGCCCUGGUACAAAACCUCCUACCAGGGAGCCAUCUUUGAGUUCCUGGAGGGAGAUCAGAUCUUCUCCAGGGUUAACGAGGAGACAACGGGAUAUGUAGACACAACCGAAGGGAAGACUUUCUUUGGAAUAUUUGCUGUGUAAAUGAGGCCACUUUCAUUGAUGAACGCUGAUCACAAAAAAUUUCAAAUUGAAAUGCAGUGCAAGUUGAUUGGGGAACAUGGUCCUGUCUUAGUUCACCAAACGGAAUGUGUUCUCUUUCUAUUUAUUUAAAGACGUGCAGCAAGAAAAGCUAACCAAAUGUGUUGGGAUGGGGUAGUGUGGCGCAUUAUCUUUCAAGAACAAAGCUCUAAUCGGAGUGCAGGCUUUGGUUCCAUCUGGCAGAACAAUCCAGAGGGACCGAAUGGCCUAAGCAUGUUCCUGGGAUGGUCUUGUUCUGUUUCA